CUUUUUCGGUUGGACAAAUAAGUGACUAAAAAUAGAACAGAUAGUCGAAAAUACCCUCCUUUGUAAAGUUGAUUUAUUACACCUAAACCCUAAAUCAUUUUCCCUCUACCUCUCUCUUCAAUGCACUCAGCGGCUCACGCCAUCGACGCAACACUUAAGCUCCUUUGAAGAUGGCAUCAAAUCUUCAAUCACCAAUCCCGGUCUACGACCUUCUCUGCUUCAUGUGUAGGUAGCGCCGUCCAUCCAUCUCUGCCGCCGCCCCUCCAUCUUCGCCGCCUCCCCACUCUGUCUUCGUCGCCUGCCUCCGAUAGUCUUUUCCAUUGCACUUCCAUGCCAACUACCAAUCUUUUUCUUCGCUUUCUGUUUGAGAGCAAAUAGGGUAAAUCCGAGCGGGCAUGUGGCAGAGGUGGUGAACAGACGAGGAUAAUUCCGGCUAGGCUAUAGUGUCAUUGCAGCUGCUCGAUUGCAUACGGCUACAUUCCAGAUCUGGUAGGUUGGCUAGGUUUUGGGUUAGGCUGAUUAGGUCGUGCGGUGGUGGACGGGCUGGGGAUGGGUGAUCAGGGGUUGGGUGGGGCUUGUCGGAGCAAAUCAGGGCUGGGUGGGGCUGGUCGGAGCUGUGGUUGGGCUGGUCGGAACUUUGGCCGGGUUGGUCGGAGCCGUAGAGGGGGAAGAAGGCAGGUUGCAGCCUUCCGAGCAGUGUGUGAGGCUAGGGAUAAGUGGAGGAGGAUAGGGCGUUGGGGGAGGAGGAUAAGGCGUGUGGACAUGGGGAGUGUAAUGAUGCCGUGGGGCAUGGUCGUGUUGCCUGCGGGGCGGCGGCUAGUAGCCAGGAGAGCGGUGCGACGAGGGAGUGAGCAGUGGUGUAAUUGGUAAAUUUCUUUGAAAAUCAGAUCACUCGAAGGGGAGUAACUCUAAUUGAUACUCCCUCCGGUCUUAAAUAAACUUCACACUUUGACUUCACACAAAUUAAGGAAAUAAAUUUGACUUUAUUGUACUGUUGUGACACUGUUUGGCACUGUUUGACACUGUCUUACACUGUUUUGCACUGUUUUGAUGUAGAUAAUUUGCCAAAUAAGGAAGGGAGAAGAAGUAUGAAGUUUAUUUUGGACCUACUCAAAAAGGAAAGUGUGAAGUUUAUUUAGGACCGGAGGGAGUAUAUAUUAGUUAUUGUUGCUAGAGUAACUAUCAUUGGCGCCAAUAAGUCAUCGGAGAAGGCGGCAGGGUAAUUGGCGGCCACAUCAAGUUAUUGUGGCCAAAGUCCACGGUAGGUCACUGUGAAAGAGUAUGUAUCAUUGUCACUGACAUAUGUGUCACUGUCACUGGACAUACAUGUUAUUGUCAAUGGGUAUAUGUGUAAGUGGUCACUGUGACAAUAGUUGACGUUGGUCACUGCACUUUUGGUCACUGUAGUAGGCUGUUGGAUUUGGGCUUAGUAACGGUGUAACAGCCCCUUUACUAUUUUUAUCACAUUUUUGGAACAUAUAAAAAAGUCACGUUUUGUCCAUA